GGACAGCGGAGAUAAGAUACUGCUAUAUACAAUAACGCCAACGCAAAAUAACAAGCUGUCAAAAAGUAACACAGAAAAUAUCCCAGACUUAGAAUUACAGCACUGUGACGGAUUAAGAGUUAAUAGAGGGUGUGACAACUUGUAGGAAACACUCCUUCCUACUCUCCAGAUUCCUAUAUGUUCUGCUGGUCUGCUGUAUAUAUAUACUUCCUGUAGCCCUGCCUGGCAGUGUGUUGUAUGUGAGCACAGACAUGGCGUGGAGCCUGUACCUCCUUAUAGCUGUACUCAUACUGUUCCUUGUCAGGAAGGUGUUUGGUAGGCAAGGUCGUCUCCCUCCAGGACCCACACCUCUACCUGUCCUGGGAAACCUUCUACAUCUGAAGAGCCGAGAGACACACAAGCCUAUACUAGAGCUCAGUAAGAAAUAUGGACCUGUCUACACGUUGUACAUCGGGCCACAGCCUGCAGUGGUGCUGGUCGGAUACAAGGCUGUGAAGGAAGCUUUAGUUGACCAUGCAGAGAAAUUCAGUGGCAGAGCAGAGGUCCCAAUUGUAGAUCUUACCAGCAAAGGAUAUGGACUUGCCUUUAGCAAUGGUGAACGCUGGAAGGAACUCAGGCGAUUCUCUUUGACCACCUUGCGCAACUUUGGAAUGGGUAAAAGGAGCAUUGAGGAACGUAUACAAGAAGAAGUCCAGCAUCUUUUGGAGUUUUUUCAGGAAACCAAAGGUACUGUCUUCGAUCCAACAUUCUUUAUCCGUCGAUCAGUUUCUAAUGUCAUCUGUUCAGUCAUUUUUGGGAGAAGGUUUGAAUAUACAGAUCCAAAGCUGCAGACACUACUGGACUUGGUGGCCGAGAAUCUCCGGCGGGUGGACAAUAUCUGGGUUCAGAUGUACAAUUUCAUACCUUCCAUCUUGAAAUAUUUUCCUGGACCUCACCAUAAACUCACCGAAAAUUACCAAGCACAGCUGGACUAUGCGGAGGAGAUAGUAAGAGAACAUGAGAAGACUCUAGACCCUUCCUCGCCACGAGACUAUAUUGAUGUGUUCCUACUAAAAAUUCAACAGGAAAGCAAGAAUCCACACACACAAUACAAUCUACCAAAUCUUCUAUCCUGCGCACUGGACAUAUUUUUUGCAGGGCAGGAGACCACCACCAGCACGUUGUCUAGCACGCUGCUCAUCCUUAUGAAGUACCCUCAUAUUAAAGAAAAGAUCCAGGCUGAGAUAGAGACUGUCAUUGGCCGAACCCGUAGGCCAUGUAUGGAGGACCGUACCAAGAUGCCAUAUACUGAGGCUGUAAUGCAUGAGGUCAUGCGGUUUAUUGACUUCUUACCGCUUGGAGCCCCUCAUUCUGUGACGGAGGACACUGUCUUCAGAGGAUAUCAUCUGCCCAAGGGGACCAUCGUCUUCACAGUUCUGCACUCUGUGCUGUAUGAUGCCUCAUUCUUUGAAAGGCCCCAGGAGUUUUAUCCUGAACAUUUUCUAGACCAGCAAGGAUUGUUCAAAAAAAAUGAAGCCUUCAUUGCAUUCUCUACAGGAAAGAGGGCUUGUCCUGGAGAAGGCCUAGCACGUAUGGAGCUUUUUCUCUACCUCACAUCCAUCCUUCAGAAAUUUGAUAUCCGCUCUGAAAAAUCCCCUGAUGAGAUCGAUCUCUCGCCAGAAUACAGUGGACUUGGAAAAAUGGCUCCCAGAUUUAAGAUGACAUUUGUCCCCUAUUAGAUUCCAUUAUAGCAUAUAUUUCACCAAACAUAAUAAUGACUUUAGAGAACCUCAAAUCCAUUUGCCAUGACUUCAUUUUUAAAUAAUUUGCAAUAUUUGAAUUCACUUUUUUUUGUAUUAAAUAACAUUUUGUAGAUAGAUCUGUCUGCACGUUAAGGUGUCGCUAGAUGCUGCUUCAUCCCUUGCAAGUGAGAUGCACUGCUCUCCAGCCCUUUGCAAAUAAACUGCCUCCAACUACAGCCAAA